GUUGACCGCAUCGUCGCGAGACUUAAAAAAAAAAAACUCGGGUGGUCACUCGCUCGUUAACCCCGAGUAAAAGCCGUCGGAAUCACCAUGGAUUUUCCUCCGACGAAGCUUGUUUACCAUGUAGACAUGUUCAAUCUUCAAUCUCAAGCCAGAUUUCUCUCCUUAUUCAAGGCUCAAGAUGGACGUACAGCUCUGAUACUUGACUCGACGGUGUUUCAUCCACAAGGUGGUGGCCAGCCAUCAGACACCGGCUUCAUCGUAUUCACCGGUUCGGAUUCCAAGUUUUCCGUUCAAGAUGUUCGAUCGAAAGACGGGAUUGUACUCCAUUACGGAGUUUUCGAAGGCUCAAAUCCUGAAAGUGGAAUGAACAUUGAGGAAGGGCAAGAAGUUCAUUUGAUUGUUGAUGAAUCAAGGCGCAAACUUAAUUCCAGGUUGCACUCAGCUGGACACUUGCUAGAUUUGUGUAUGCAGAAAGUUGGGUUAGGACAUUUGGAGCCUGGGAAAGGGUACCAUUUUCCAGACGGUCCUUUUGUGGAAUACAAAGGAAUCCUUCCACAGGAUGUAUUGCAGGUGAAGCAGAAAGAGUUGGAGGCAGAAGCUAACGAAUUGAUAUCCAAAGGGGGAAAGGUUUAUGCCGCUAUAUUACCCUAUGAAGAGGCAUCCGUGCUCUGUGGUGGCAAUCUUCCUGAUUAUAUUCCUAAGGGCAGCACUCCCCGGAUCUUAAGAUUAGGUGAAAACCCCGGGUGUCCUUGUGGUGGUACACACGUCUCCGAUAUAUCUGAUAUCGUAAGCAUGAAGGUCACACAGAUGAGAACAAAGAAAGGAAUGACAAAAGUUUUCUACACCAUUGCAUCUUAAUACUUCGCUUACUGAUUCCAGCAUAGAAAAAGUCAAGGGGAGGGAAUUGUAGUGAUGACGACUGUUUUCAUAAGUUGCCUUCAACAGCAAGCAGCCUCUCCUGUGGCUCAACAGCCACAAAUAAUCAGUAUAUGUCGUUAUUUAUCAAGUCUAUUAAACGACUCUCCCUAUCAUUGAUAAGUCGUAUAUAUGAUAUGAUAUUGAUGUGAUAUGAUCUUCCACUCAGCCUCUAUAUUGACUCUUGGUUUGUAGAAUCAUACCGCACAUUUGGUCCGUGAAUUUUAUUUGUGCAACGGUUUGGUA